UUAGGUACUAUUUUGGUAUAAUAUUAUGCACUCAUGCGUGUGAUAUUAUUAAAAUAAUAUAAUUUCUUUGUAUUUUUAAAUUAUAAAUUAAUACUUUUUUUGAGUCUGCUGCUACAAUAAUAAUCACAAUGUUUAGGAGCGUUCAUACAGUUUAUACCGGACUCAAUAAGCUCCAGCAUUUGAACUGUAAUGUACAAAAUGUGUUAACUAUUGGUUGUAUGGGUCAAACGCGAUGUAGAAGUAACAAACAUUACAAACCAGAGUUUAAAAAGUUGAGAAGCCAAAAAGUUUUAAAAGUAGAUUUACCUGAUUAUGAAAAAGAUAAAAUGGAUGCAGAAGAUUACAGUCCAGAAAAAUUACGUACUAGGUACAAAGAAAAAGGUAUACAGCCCACAAGACCGUGGAUUGAACGUAGCACAUUUAUUAACAAUACAGGUUCAAUCAUUGAACCUUAUGUUCCACCAGAAGGAGAUGGGAAAAUUUCACCAAUUAGUACAGCUGGAGCUAAACAAAAAAUUGAAUUAUUAAAAAAGAAAAAAGAAACUUGGCAAGCCAUUCGUAAAAUAAGACAAAAUGAGGAAGAAUUUGAAUUAUAUCCAGAAUUUAUAACAAAAGCACAAGAUAUUUAUCUUAAAGCCCACACAACUAUGGUCAAUAAAGACAAAAAAAAUCUUCUUCAAUAUGUUACAGAAAAAGCUUAUGUGGAAAUGAUGCACAAUAUAGACAGUAAAACAUUACGCUGGUCAUUCAUAAAAUCAAUUGAACCACCUCGUGUAGUUCAUGCAAGAGUAACAGAUAUCAUAACCCAGGACAAUUUAUUUGCACAGUUGACUGUACGCUUUCACACAAAACAGACGUUAUCAGUUUUUGAUCGUUUUGGACGCUUAAUUUUUGGUAGUGAUGUAGUUGCCAAAGAUGUCCUAGAAUAUGUAGUAUUUGAAAAGCAUAUUGUAAACCAAUAUGGAAUGUGGCGGAUUCAUGGAAAAAUAAUCCCCGAUUGGAUGCCCCCCAAAGAACCAGCUCCAAUAACAAAUCUAUUAAAUGUUGAAGCAGAAACAGUAACUGCCAUAGAAGCUCAGCCAGACGAAGCAAAAUCUAAAAUUAUUCUUCCUGAUGCAUAAUGAAUUAUAAUAUUAACUGAUAAGCAUCAAAUGUAAUAAUAAAUCAUAAAUAAAAAUAUAGAUACGUAUUA